AUGAAACCAGCCAAUGAUGCUGAGGCGGUGGAAUCUCAGGGAGAAGUUACUACCGAUGCUUUGCCGAAUCAGCCACCUGAAAUGCUCACGAUUGAGAAUAUUCCGGCUCCCACCCAUGAUGUCAGGUUUAUACAAUACAAAAUAGGUGGCCAUAUAUUCGAACUUACUGAAAAGUAUAAGCCACCGAUGACGGCUAUUGGCAGAGGUGCUUAUGGCCUCGUUUGCUCUGUAAUGAACUCGGAGACUGGAGAGAACGUAGCUAUAAAGAAAAUCGCCCAUGCAUUUGAUAACGAAGACAAUGCAAAGAAAACUCUCCGUGAAAUCGCGAUUCUUUGUCACUUGAGUCACGAAAAUAUUAUCGAGAUCAAAGACGUAAUUCUGCCUCCUCAGAGAAAUGCUUUUGAAAAUGAUGUUUACAUUGCAUAUGAAUUGAUGCCCGGUGACCUUCAUCAAAUCAUAACAUCCAAAGCUGAGCUAGUCGAAGAGCAUUACCAGUAUCUCUUGUACCAAAUCCUGCGUGGAUUAAAGUACAUUCAUUCGGCUAACGUGAUACAUAGAGACUUAAAACCUAAGAAUCUCCUCGUGGAUGGAAACUGUGACUUAAAGAUCUGUGAUUUCGGGCUUGCUCGUUUCAUGCCCGAGGAUCAUAAAAUGAGUGAGCACGUUGUCACAAGAUGGUACCGUGCACCCGAGCUUCUGUUAAAGUCCUCUGCUUACACAACAGCGAUUGAUGUUUGGUCCGUUGGGUGUAUUUUCUUGGAAUUGGUGAACCGCAAAACGCUCUUCCCCGGUAGAGAUCGUCUUCACCAGCUUCGUCUGGUUAUGGAGCUCCUAGGCACUCCAUCAGAGGAAGAUCUUGCUUCAUUUGGUGAAAACGACAAGCGAUGCUUGCGGGAGCUUCCUUCCUUUCCUCGCCAAUCUUUCUCUGAAAAAUUCCCAAAUGUGCACCCUUUAGCUAUAGACCUGAUGGAGAAGAUUCUCAAGUUUGAUCCUCAACAGAGAAUCUCAGUUAUUGAAGAAGCGCUAGCUCAUCCAUAUCUGGAAACGUUGCAUGACAUCAACGAUGAACCCGAGUGCAUAACGCCCUUCGACUUCGAUCCAGAGCAACCAUUCACAGCGGAGGAGAUUAAGGAGAUAAUCUACUAUUUAUCUCUAGAAUUUAACCAGCAAGAAGAGGAAGAUUGA